AUGGUCACGGUAAGUUAUUUUUAUCAAAAUAUUUUCACUUUUCGGUAAAAAUAACAAUAAAACCUAACUAAACCAUUCAAAAAUUAUUAAACAGCUUGAUCCAACCGGCUUUCGUUAUAUUUUUAUUUUUAUUAUAAUCCUUUUGCCCCAUUUUUUUACAAAGCCAAAACUAUUUUUGUUAUUAAAUAAUGAAAGUUUGUAAUACAUUUCGACAUCAUUAUGAGCCGGUGAGUUGUUUUUCGUUGAAUACCUUUUUUUUCAAAAAAAAAUUUAGUGAAAAAUCUGUUGACAUUUGUGCCAUUGACAGAUUUCAUUUCAUUUUGUUUGUUUUUUGAUGUUUGGCGGGAAAUUAGAUCGCAUAGGUGAACCGGAUUAAUAUUCCGUUAUUUUAUUUUUGGCCAGUCACAGGAAAUGAGUUUUGAAACGUUUUUGUAAAUGUUACCGGAAUAUCUCAUGUGAAAAUAAUAAUCCUAAAACUCGAAAUAGUCAUCGUUAUAAACUAGAAAUUAUAAAAAAUAACAUAAGUUGUGUGGUCAAAAAAGUUUAUUUUCUGAAACAAAAAAGAAAUAAGUAAUUUUUUAUUCAGUUCCUACCUUUUUGACAUAUUCCUUUUAUUAAUCUAAACGUUUAUCCAAAUAAAUUUUUUUGGGUAUCUUUAUUCUCAAAUGUUUCAGGCGUUCUCGAAAAAAGUUCCCUUUUUAAACGUUUGUUUCAGAAAAUGUGUUCUUUUCACCUGUUCACAAAAUAAAAUUCACAAAUCAUCAUCAAAAAUAACAACUUGAAAAAUCCUUGAACAAUUAAAAGUUUCAUCUUUUUCCUGACCCUCUUAACUCUUCCAGUUUUCCAAUUUUUUUCAUCUUUCAAAAUGGUUUUUGUCCUUGAAAAGAUUACUGUAUAUGUAUAUGUAUAGAUAAUCAGCCAUCCACUUUCCAUGUUUGUUUUCCGGUUUUUUCUGUAUUCGGAGAAAUGCGCAAAGAAAACAAAAAAAAACAACAAUAACAAUAAAGAAAAAAGAGUUCUUGAAAUAUCUAUGAUGUGUGAAAAAUAAGAAAGAAAAUUUAAAUUUUGAUGCAAAUUAGAAACCGUCGUGAGAACAAAUGUUAUCAGUGUUUUUUCGAUUUUUCAAAUAAAUUUUCUGGGUUACUGUAGACCAGUUUUCAUUCGAUGUUUUUUCAUAGAAAAAACGCACAUUUUGAGUUAAUCGGUCUCGUUAUAAAUCCAGUUUCUUUUUUUUUUUCUAUUUACCAAAAAUUCCAAAUGACAGUUUUUAUGAAAUUCUAAAAAUACCCCAGUUUACUUAAACUUUGUUGUUAACUUUUGGGUAUUCAAAAUUCCAGCCAAUAAUUUCGUUUAAAAUCGAUCGAUAUUCGUUCCGCCUGAAUUGUCGGAUGUAUUUUCCUCCAUCUUUUUUUCUUCUUCUUUUCAUGCUGUUCUGCGCAACACCUCGGCCACUUCAAAAACAAUUCUUCACAAUAAUAUUUGUCGUGGUGGUUGAUGUUGUUGUUUUGUUGUUCGGCUGGUUUACUGUUUUUUCUUUUUCUCGCGGUUUUUUUUGGUGUUAUUGAAAUUGUAACCACUGAAAUAGUACUACUUCUAUUAUAAUUGAUGGCUGGUCAAUAACUUUGAAAAUCUAGGGUUACUGUAGAGAAUUCUAAGCUUUUCUAUUUUUUAACAUGAGUAAGCAAUUGAUGACAAUUUCACAGUAUUGAAAUGGAGGCCUCAUAAUCGUGAUUUCAUAUUUCCACAAGUUGAAUUCAGAAAAAUCCUGAAACAGUUUUUAUGAUGAUAAAUUAAGAGUUUUAAAUAAUAUUUAAAGUUCGGGAUACUGAUUUUCAAAUUUUUGAUCAUCCAGUCUUGAACAAUUUAUUAUCUGAAAUUAUUCAUCAAAAUAUUGCACUAAACACAUUCCAAACUUUUCAGACACUAUUCCACAAAAAAUCCAAAAAUUUGUUACCAAUCAUUUUUCAACAACCUCAUCAUAAUUCUGAUUCUCUUUUUCGAUAGAUAUUGUCAUUAUUCAAUUCUUUCAUGCGCGACCGACAGUUCCUCUUCUUUUUUCUUUUUCCAUGUUUUUUUGUGUUGCGGUGAGUAAAUUCAAUGUAAUUCCGGAGAGAGAAAAAAGAGAAAAAGAAAAGGGAAAAGGGAGGAGUUCUGUCCGGAUUGCGCGGAUGGACAAAUAUACACAUACAGAAAAAAAACACAAGCGGACAGUUUUCGGAUUUAACGAUUUUCAGUUUGUGUUUCAUUUUCAACUGUUUCUGAACUUCGAAAUUCAAUCGCUGAUUUCUAAGCCAGAAUAUAAUUUUUAUUUGAUUUUUUUUAAUAUUGAUGAAGUUAUAUUCUCGAUUUCAAUUUCUAAUCCAGUCUUCUUGUGAGAUGAUGAAUCAUGAAAAGAUAAACAUAUCACACUCCCUAAGACAACAACGCAAACACGUAAAUGACGUGUGACGAAACAGAAAGAAAACUUGUCUUUAAAAUAUGUUAUAUUUAAAAGCUUCUUCUGACAUUUUCCUCGAAUUUCUCUUCACAAUAAUAAUAAUAAAAAAGAACUUUAACCUCUUUUCCUAGAAAUGUUCCAUAAUUAUUCUCGUUUUUUCCUUUUCUCAAACAUUUUUUAAUUGUUCUCUCAAUUUUUGUCAAUUUUCUCGAAACAAAAACAAACACUCAAAUAAGAACUGUAUUUGCAUAGAGGAUCUUGGCAGAAAAAUAAAAAUAAGAAAAAAAACUAGUUUUCCUUGAUAAUUUUCUUAUUUUUUUGGUUAGUUAGUUGGCGAAGUCGAUAUUAAACCACUUCAAAAAACAAUGUUCUUUUAAAUACUUUCUACUUAUUUGAUUUGUUAGUUUCAAAUGACGAUUACUGUAGUUUUUUAUUAAAUAUAAUUUUUUUUUCAAAUUCAGGUUCAUCAACCACGAAUGAAAGUUUUUGCGUUGGGUUUGGAUGAGAAUCAAAAAGCAGCUGCUGCUGAAGAAAAACAAGCAGCAGCUCUUGAAACAAAGAUUCCAAUUGAUUCUCCGAUUCCACCACAACAACAAACACCAGCAAUUGUAAUUGCAAAAAGGCCAAAAGUUGUAGCUGGUUUUGGAUGUGGAUGUAAGUUAGCCUAAGUUUCAUUGUUAGAAAACUAUUUUAAAUCUGUUUAUUUUUCAGUACUUUCCUGGUUUAUCGGCGCAUUUUGUCUUGUUUUACUUUGUUUGGCAAUUUCUGAAGUGGCUUAUCAUCGUCAAAGAGAUCAAGCAUUUCUUCGUUUGAAAUGGGCUGAACUUCGACAAAGAAUGCUUGGAUAUGAAUUGUUAUCACAACAACAAGAAAUUGACAGAAUGUCGAUGGAAAAACAGCAAGCACAGUUAGUUUUUUUUUUGAGAAUUACUGUAGCCAAAUCGAGCAAAAAUAAAUCAAUUUGAGCCCAAAUUUUUGAAAACAAUGAGUACUAUUUUCCCACUGAUCACCAAAAUUAUAUUCAACUCUAUUCUUGAGUGAAAAAGUAUUUCAAAGUAGUUUUUUGAAUUGGAACUUUUUCUAUUAAAUUUUCGAAUUAAAUGUGGCAAAUCCUGAAAAAACUAUAGUAACUUGAAUUUUCAAAAUGUUCAAAAUUGUGUGUUCAAAAAGAGAUUCAUUUUUGAAAAAACCUUACAAAAUUGAUAAUCUUAAAUGUUUUGCAGAGUUGAAACUCUUCCACUUCGCCUAUCAAAAGAUCCAAUAAAACCACAAAUAAUCGAUAUUAUUCAACCGGAAAAUGAUGCGAUCAAAAAAGAAGACAAUCAAGAACAAAUCAAUAUUCCAACUGAAACAAAUUACAGCAUUGAUCAAAAUGGCAAACUUGGAUUUUUGAGAGAUUUGAUGGAUAAAAUCCGAAAACAUGCUGAAAGUAUGGGAUUAAGUGGAGAUAUGCAAGUUCAUGUUGUUGAAGUAAAACCAAUUGGAGGACAAGAAGAUGGAGAAGAAAGAAAAGAAAUUAGCGGAGAAGAAAACACACCGGUUAGUUUGGAAAUAUAGUAACUAAUCAAUAUAAUUUUGUUCUAGUUUGAUCAAGCAAUUGCUGAUGGUUUCGGUGAAUUCGCUGCUCCACAUCAAGAUUUCAGCGAUGACGGUGAAACCGAAUUAGAUGGGUGAGUUGACUUUUCGAAUAAUAUUUGGGUUCUAAUUGUUUUCUUCUUCUUUUUCAGUCGACGAACUUUCGAUCGUCAUAGCAUGAAACGACCAUUCUUCGGGCCUUUUAACAGGUUUAUUUGAAGUUUCAGAAUAAAACUGAUUCAAUAUUUUGAUUUCAGAUGGGAAUUCAACGAUUACGAAGAUCAACAACAACAACAGCAACCACGUAUUUUCGAUGGGGUAAGAAAUAUUUCCUCAAGAAAAUAUUGUGUGAUAAUACAGUGUUGAUAUAUCUAACAAUAAAUACUAACCUUUUCAGAUUCCAUCUCGAUUAUUUUUCCCAUCUCAAUCUGAAUUAUUCCAACCUCCUCCUCUUCCUAACCAAUUCUUCUUUCAACCACAACCAUUUUUUGUUAGUUUACAAGUGAAAAGGGGGAACUCUUCUUGAUUUCUAUUCUAAAUAAUUUCCAGUGGCAACAGCCUCAACAACAACAACAGCAACAAGCUUUCUUUCAACCACAACAACAAUCUCAACAUUAUUGGUGGCCACAACAACAACAAAAUGAUCCAAUUCAAACAAAUCAAUGGAAUUGGCCUCAACAACAGCAACAAGCUCAAGUAAGACCUUGGUAUAUGCCAGAACAACAAUCGAAAUUUCAACAACAACAACCAGCUUGGUUUGGACCACAAAAUGAUGAUUGGAUGAUUCAAAAACAUCAAGAACAACAAGCUCCAAGUCCAUUUCAACCAAAUCCAAUCGCUUCAACUUUUCAACAACCACAACAAACAUGGGUAGAUCAAACAGCUCAACAAGCUUCGGUACUAACACAUUUUUAUAAAUUCACUUGAAAUUAGAUUAAUUCUUGCAAAUUUUAGGAUGUCAACCCACCAAAAUCUACCGUAAUCUCUGGUGAUAAUUUGGGACCACAACAAGAGAUGAAAGGAGAAAAGUCUUGGAUUCAACCACACGAUGAUAGUCCAACUGAAAUUGUCACAUCUCCAGAUGCUGAUCUCGAACAAAUCGAUGAUAACAAAUUUUUGCCAAUUCGAUCUGAUGAUAAACCAAUUGAUGAUUUAAAUGAUUCUCCACCAUCUUCUGAUUCGCAUUUAUUCCAAAUUGAUGAUCCAUCAAGUUUUAAACGUUAA